AUGGUUGCAAAUCCCUUCUCUUCUCGUAGGGGCGGCCGCGUCAAAGAGCCGCCCAGGACGAAUGGCCCCACCAACAACCCGGUGCCCCUUGCACCUCCCACUACUCACACUAAUGCAACUGAAACUCCUGACACGGAGUCUGCACCGGCCGGCGCGCUUCGGGCCCAGGCCGACUAA